AUGACCGCAAGCCGUCCACCGAACAAACAGGAGAAAUAUCCGACCAGCUCACAAUCUCGCCGCUCCAUUAAGCUCGGCAACGAUUACUGUGCGAGUAAUCAAGUCAUUCGAGUAUCGUACGGAGAAAUCCCUGUUAUACAUGCCCUGGACCUCGAACACACGACGGUAGGCGAACUCAAGGAGCGCGUGCGCAAUGCGAUAAAGACCGAACCUGGAUGGAAGCCAUACCGAACAGUCCAGCUUGACACACUGAAACUUUACACGAAAGCUCAUGGUGCCAAGACAACGAACCUGAUCAUUAACCUCGAUCACGAUGAUUGGAUCCUGAACGACGACAGCGCAAUACUCGCCUCCCUGGGCUUCGAAAAUGAGACCGAGGUUAGCUUCUUCAACCGGGAGCUCUAUGAAGCAUUCAAAAAGGAUCCUACAACUAAAUGGUAA